AUGACUUUGGACAAAUUUGUUGCAUUUGAUCAACAACAAAUAGAAUUUAUUAAUAAAUUACAAGAUAUUUAUAAUAUGUUAAAUAAAGAGUCAAAUAAAAUUCAAAAGAAUUUAUUAAAUAUUACAACUGCUCGUUAUCAUUCUAAUCAUGCAAAUUUUUCAUUAAAUGCUAAAUUAAAAUAUCUUUCAGUUGAUUAUUCAGGAAAUUUAAUAGAACAACCUUUAUGUCUUGUUGAUGAACAUAAUAUGCCAAUUUCAGAUGAACUCAAUCUUAUUAGAUUACCAUUUGAAUCAGAUCGUUUUUAUAUUUCAAAUGAUAAACAUGAAUUAAUCAUUGUUGAUAAAAAUGAAAUGUCAUUAUCUGAACCAAUCACUUUUAAAAAAUUAACAUUGGAAUCGAUUGAAUUUGAAUAUAUUGAUGAUUAUCGAAAAACUAUUCAAAUUAUUGAAAUAUCAUCAAAUCAUUCAAUAAAUAAAUCUAUUAGUCUUAAUGUAAAAUCGAUUUUCUUUGACAAAUUACCACCAAGAAUUCACAAACUUGAAAAAGAUCUUAUUCAACAAUUAAUUCAAAUAUCUAUUCAACUUAAUGAUCCAUUAAUAAUUAAACAAGUUAAAAAUCUUACUAAUCAUAUGCAAGAUACUCAACUUCUCAAUGAACUUCGAUCAAUUAUUCUUUCUGGUAUUAAAAUUCGUGCAAAAACAAUUGAAGAAAAAUUUGAAACAUUAUUAAUAAAUAUUCAAAACAAAUCUCAUGAAUUAAAACAAUCACAGCGAAUUCGAUUUGAAUAUGUUCAAUUUUUAUAUAUACGAUUUAAUGAAGAAAUGGAACGUGAAAAA